AUGCUAUUAGAAGGGAAGGCUGCUGUUGGAGCCGCUGUUGGAGCCGCUUUUGAAGUAAGGCCGGGCUAUGAAGUCGCCGCCCAAGGCAGCAAGAAUCUGCUUCUUUUCCUUUCCAUGAUUCCAUUUGCCCUGACCUUCAUAAAUACUAUCAACAGCAACAGCGUCAAGCAACUUCAAGCAGGCAAGUCUGAUUCCAUCGACGCUGACUCUCGCGGAUAG